AUGGCUCCUUUCUUCACACAAGUAGUUGCUGUAUUGGCCGUCGCAUCUUCAACGACAUCGGCUGUGACGUUUACGAUCCCUUCCCAAGCACACACGGGAAAUUACAAGUAUGCGCCCGUCGAUCCCGCGCCCGUUGGCAUUUCGUUUGAGUUUUUCGCAUUUCCAUCAUAUUUCACGAACGUAUCCGCCACGACACAAUGCCUGUCCAAUUGGAAAGACCUAACAGGUGUUUGGCCGCCUAUCCGCAUCGGUGGUACUACGCAAGAUCGCGCACAAUAUGAUGCAAGAACAUCGGCCUAUGUAGUCUACACCGUCGCAAAUGCUGCAGAUGCUCCAUCUAGUUUGACAUUUGGGUCAAGCUUCAUGACAUUGGCGAGUAAAUAUAGCGGAAGUGUAGUCGUGGGCUUGAAUAGGGGUAAAAAUAACCUUCAAAACACUAUCGACGCGGCGAAGGCGGCAGUGAAUGGGAUGAGUAAUCUGCUAGCAAUUGAGCUAGGGAACGAACCUGAAUAUUAUCCUUCAAACAGACAACCCAUCGCCGGUGGCACCUGGAACCCGUCAGUAGAUGCAGCUUCUCAAAACAACUGGGCGGUAUCGGUGGGAUCUGCUUUGAAUAGGCGCGACAUCAUCCAGGCUGGCAACUCGAAUGACUCUCCGCCGAAAUGGGGUGCGGCCGAGCUGAUCGCCACUCAGAACGCUACGGUGAAGCAGUAUAUCCAUAACUAUGCACAUCAUAAUUAUCCCGGUGGAACAAUUGCGUCGCUUAUGAGCCAUAGCGGUAUCUCAAGGAACAUACAUGUCUUUGAUGCAGACGUUGCUGCGGCACUGAAAGAGGGUAAACAGUACAUCUUUGGGGAAACCAACUCUGUUUCGGGUGGUGGAGCGGCAUCGGUCUCGCCGACUUUUGGUGCGGCACUAUGGACUAUGGACUACGCGCUCCGAGCGACAUACAGCAAUAUCUCACGUACCUACUUCCAUCAUGGAACGGUAGGUAACUGCCAAUACUGCUUCUGGGGCAGAUAUAGCAUGGGUACACCGUAUUAUGGCGCAUAUAUAGCAACGGCAUUCAUGGCGAAUGCAGCAUCGCUUACGGCUCUCGAUGACGGCAAUUCCAAUUAUGCAGCGUACGUAGCGUUCGAUUCAGCGGGAGUCCCGUUACGGGCUUUAUUGUACAACUCAGACUAUUACUCCGGCAGCGGAACUCGGUCAAGCCAGUCCUUCGAUCUUCGUGGAUUGGCAGGUUCAUCUGUCAGAGCGAAGAGACUUGCUGGAGAUAGUGCAGCCGCAAGAGUCGAUCGAGGUGGUAAGGUGACCUUCGGCGGCCAGACAUUUACGGAUGAGGACUGUAAGAUCAGCGGGAGUGAGAUGUUCGAGACUAUAGCCGCGAGUGGUGGGCAAGCCACUGUUUCUCUGAAAGCAAGCGAGGCGCUCCUUGUUUACUUAAAGUGA